AUGAAAGACGAGCCGAGGUCGGCGGCCAUGAUGAGCGGUCUCAGAAAUCAGUGGGUUCAGGGGCGUCAAUUCCAUAGGGAUAAGGAACAAAAACAAUUCGAACGUUCGCAACGUGAUGGCGACGAUGAUGAGGAAGAGGAGGAAGGAGAGGAGGAGGACGAAGAUAAAGAUGAGCAAAGAAGUUGCUCAUCGUCGACGGGCUGCGGCAUGGUGUUCCGACCGGAUCCCUUAGGUCGCUGGUGGGAGGAUCCUGCAGAAUUUUGGCUGUAUGAAGAUGAUCCCGAAGGAGGGAUCCUCGCCGAUGACCCUAGUUACGAAUAUCAAAGUGAUCCGGACCACGAGAUCCUCGAGUACAGCUCAGACGCCAGUGGAGAUGGUGACGACAUGAGAAUCGACGAGUGUGAGCCAGCCGAGGUCCAAGAGUGGCUUUUCAAAGUAACAGGCCCAGAUCCCCCGGAAUUUGAUACAGAAUUUCUGCCUCUAGAUUCACCAUUAGGCGCGCCGCUAUACUCUAGAACCGGCCGAGUACACACGGUCAAUCCGGCCGCUUUCGACAAGACACUCCGCCUCGAGCAUGUUGGGGGUCUGGGCUGCCGACAUUAUGAGGCGUAUAUUGGAAAGAAUAUUUCCAUCGAGGAGAUGAGAGGCUGCCAUACGGUCCAUGGCAUUCUUUGGAAGAAACCAGGCUUGAAACCUCGGUCUGAUGACCUCGAGUUUGAGCGUGGAAGCAACUAUUUUCUGACUGGUAUUGCUGAAAAGAUGCCGCCAUCAGGGUCCUGGUUGGACUUCUACCCUGUUCGGUACGGUGCGGAUAACGAUAUCGAAGCUGAAACGAAUUUCGUUCUUGAGACGACCCAAGAGCAGCUGAGAAGCAUCGCGCUCCCAUUCCAUCCAACUUGCUUCGAGCUUUAUAUCCAGGCCACGCGCCUGUGUAAUGACCGUGUCGACCUCGACACCUUGGUCCAUAUUAGAGACCAGGCUUGUAUUGAACGGAAGAAGUUUCCUGUGAAAUAUAAUCAGGAUGUCGUGGACGCAACAGACCAGGUAUGGCGACACAAGGAAGCGCAUGAAUAUCUCGUUGCAAAUCCAAUAUUUGUCCCUGGUCUUCGGGCCAUUCUGGAUUCAGCUGUCACCACUGAUGAAAGCUUCAGCGUGCAUAAGAGCGCCUUUGAGAAAAGGCCACAACAUGACCGCCUCUCGCCACAAGAUCCUUUUCUAGCUUUACCUCCUGAAAUCAUCCUAAGUAUUUCCAGCCGCCUCAACUCUUCUGAGGUGGCUAGCCUUCGACUUUCCUCCCGUGCAUUCACGCACCUUCCGAUCUCGUUAUUUCGUCAUUUUAUCCUUGACGAGAUGCCCUGGCUAUAUGAAGCAUGGUCCCCCGAGACAAAACCCUACUACUGGGCAACCGUCAUAGCUCGUGAUUUACUUGAUGAGAAACAAGAACGUGCAAAAUUUAAUCGGGAUCUCGAGCAACGGCGUGAGAUCAUUCGUGAUCACGAGCCAGAGAUUUAUGACGAAUUUGUCUCAAAUGAGCCGGAAUGGGAAUCGCCGGGGCGCCCUGGGUGGCAGGAGAUCCUAGACACGGGACCGAUCACUCUACCGCACAAUGAAACAAAUUGGUAUAAAGUGUUUUGUGGUAUCAGAUCGAACUGGAGCUCGUUGAAAGGACUGCGAAACCGCGAGCGAAUUUGGAAAAAUGUGAAACAGGUUGUGGAUGCGAUUAAGAAGGCCCGUGACGGCCUCAACUUUUACUUGGACGACGAUGACAACAAUAAGGAUAAAGAUGAGGGUGCUGACAAUGGUAACUAG